CUUCACAGAUGGCAACCAUGUGCGGUCUCUGCUAAGAAAUAAACACGCGUCAGUGAUAACAGGUGAUAAGCAAACGAAUGAGAAUGUUUUAGGAAGGUCGAAAGUCUGAAUAGAACUUACCAAAUUGUUGUGAAGUCAGUGAGAAUCGUUGGAAUCUUGUCAUUGGAGAUAUAUCGCCUCCACUUUUGUAGCUAUAUGCUCUUUUGGAAAAAAAAACCAUCAUAUGUCAAGGGAAUAUGCAGCAGAUGCUUCCAAUAUUUCCCAGCCGGUUAGCGAAGCAUUACGAGUCAUGAAGCCCAGGAAAUCCAAUCAGCUGGUCUGUCGACUUUGUGGUCAGUCUUAUGCCAAGCAAGAUGUAGAGGAUAUUCUUGGGCGGAACACCGGAUGGAAGAAGAAAAUAAUGGAUGCAGUGGGGAUUAAGAUCUAUCGUCUGGAGCAAACCAAUCGCAUCUGUACCGUGUGCCAAACGAUGAUCGAGACUAUAAUUAGCUUUCAGCUGCUGUGCCGGGACACCCAAGUUUCGCUACAUGAUAGAACUAAAAUUUCCCCUUGCCAGCGAUGGAAAGAUGCUAAAGAGCUGAUUGGGAAUGUGCGUGAUCUGAUCGAAUUCUUGCGGAUCACUUCUGUUGGUAAAGAACAUGCAGAAACCGAAGCAGAUUGCAAUCCGUUGUCCAUUUCAGAACCACUGAGUAGUAGUGAAAUCGGAAGAAAAAGUGAUGAAGAGCAACAAACGAAUUUAGGACAGCGUGAAACCGAGCAAACCGUUGAAGUGCCAAACGAUCAAGGCGAUGAACCAUCGGAACAGGAUAACGACCAUGAUGAAGAGCUACCCCAAAGAAAGACGUCCCAAACGAAACGAGAUCGCAAAGCCAAAAUGGGAAAACAGGAACGGAUCAUGUGCGACACGUGUGGUGAGCUGGUUUCACAGCUCAGCCUCGAGGGCCACCUCAAUCGGCACCGAGGCGUCAAACCGUUCGUCUGCGAGAUCGAAGGCUGCGGACGGCAGCUGUACUCGAAGUACAGUCUGCAUCAGCAUCGGCAUCUGCACAAGUCCAUCAUGCGGUAUUACGAUUGCGACAAGUGCGGUAAACGCAUCAAGGGCACCAACUGUUGGUUACGACAUCGCAAGCUGCACACCGAGGAACCCAAAUUUCCAUGCGACGUAUGCGGCAAGAAGUUCCGACGAAAAUUCAAUCUCAAAUUGCACGCAUCCGUACACACGGGAGUGGCGAUGUUUCCGUGCGAGAUCUGUGGAAAGAGAUUCACGGUAAAGCACAAUCUUGGGGCCCAUUAUCGGACCCACAUGAAAAAUGGAACCUAUCCUGCCGAGAUGGACGAAAUGCGGGGAUCAGAGGGCAAUCUGGAAUCAACCGUCGAAGGGCCGGUGUAAUCAAAUGAUCUUGAUUAGUAUAAAAUACGUUGUUUGUAGAAGCUGUUAUUUCAAUAAAAUCUCGUUUGAAC